AUGGCCAAUCCCACAGGUGAUCUAGAGUCAGGCAAAGAUGUGGAAGAUCUGACAAAAAGCUUGGAGGAACUCCGUGAGAGCUCUAAGGAGCAGAGUGAGGAGGUGCUACUGCUUUCACACCUAGAACAGCAUCAUCAUCUUGUCUCUAUACUGAAGAGGAAAGUGAAUGACACAGACAAAUGCUGCAGAUACCUGGAGCAGCUCAACAUGGAGCUGGAGAAGCUGAGGGGAGAGGAUGCUGUGAAAAUUAAAACCCAGACCCAGGGUAUUCAGUAUUUGGUGGGGUGCUUCAUGGAUCUGGUCAAAAACCAUGAAAAGAUGAUCCAUUUCAAAAAUGAACACAAAAAAAAGCACAUGCAGCUGUGGGAGGAGAACAAGUGCCUGUGGCAGGACAGGGAAGCACUCUUCAGCCAGGCUGUGAGGGAGAAGGAAGCUGAAGUGCUCCAGCUGGCAGCCCAGGCCAGGAAGCUCUCACAGCAGUUAUGCUCCUUGCAGGAGAAAUAUGCUUCUGAGAGGCACAGAGCCCAGGAGCGAGAGAAGGAGCUGCUGGAAGCUCAGAGCCAACAAGCAGAUGCCUAUGCCCAGGAAGUGGAUUCACUGAAGAAGCAGCUGCAACUCCUAUAGGAGAAGCACCAACAAGCUGCAGCAAGGGCUGAGCAGGCAGAGAGUCAGCAGAGGGCUCAGGGCAGUGAGCUUCAGGCCAAGCUGGAAAGGGCACAUGAAGAGAAAGAGCAGCUACUGAACCUGGCCAUGGAGAGCAGCAAAGCUCUGCAAGAUAAGGAGCGGGAGAUUGAGAAGCUGGAGGAGAAGCUAGAGACUGUGGAGGAAGGCAUGCAGGGAGCAGGAAGGUGCCUCAAGAAGGAGGCAGCAGCAGUAGACAAAGAGCUGAAGGUUCAAGAGCUCCAAGGACAGCUAGAACACAGCAAACUGGCGUACAGUGAACUCCUGCUGCAGUUCAAUGCUUACAGAAAGCACAGUAUGGAUUUACCUAAAGAGAGAGCUCUGAAUGUCAAACUCCGUCACUUUGUUGCAUAA